AUGCCACCUGCUCAAAAUCUCGACCGUGCAAGCUGGGUUGCUGUAGCAAAUACGGCAUUUGUGGGUUUGGACAUGAGUUUUGUUCCCCGGAGAAGUGUAUCUCGACGUGUGAUGCUAAGUCGGAAUGUGGCAUUCAUGCUCCGGGACCUCUACGAAGGGGCGCACCUCAAUUAUGGGUUUGCUCAGAUCAACCCGAAAGACAAUACGCUGACUUCAAUGCACCACUAUGACGAGAAAUUCUACCGCGUGUUUACAGACUUGAAAAAGCAAAAACCGUCUUUGAAGUGUUUUAUUUCAAUAGGCGGAUGGGAUGCCGGCGGCAAGGUCUUUUCUGAUAUGGCGAAAUCCGAGGAUUCUCGGAAAGUAUUCAUUUUCUCGGUGAUCGACUUCAUGAAAAAAUACGGUUUCGAUGGUGUUGAUAUCGACUGGGAGUAUCCAGUGGCUGAUGACCGGGAAAUAUCAGCAGGUCUAGAUCUUUUAUGGAGAAAUUCUGUCCCCCCAGAAAAGGUUUCUCUAGGCCUAGCAUUUUACGGCAGGUCAUUCACACUAGCGGAUCCUAGCUGUUCAACUCCGGGCUGCCCUUUUAAAACGGUUGACAAUGAGACGGCCGGUGGGGCUCAGCCAGGGCUAUGUACUCUGAACAGCGGCACACUAUCCAAUUACGAGAUCAAUAGGGUUCUGAAGGAGCAAUCCCCGGAGGUCAUUUACAACAAAGCAUCUGGAGUAAAUUGGAUUUCAUGGGAUAAAGAUCAAUGGGUUUCGUAUGAUGAUGGGAGAACGUUAAAGCAGAAGGCAGAUUUUGGGAACAAGCUAUGCUUGGGGGGAACAUUUGCCUGGGCCAUUGAUCUUGGGGGCCCUGGCACAUUAAAAAAUCCGAAUGACUUGAGCGCGAACGAUACUGUACUUGAUGGUGCUGACCCGGAUGGUAGAGAUAGUGGGUCUGGUGAAGUCUAUAUUUCUCCAGAGAUUUUCAAGAAACAAGAUCCAAUCAUCGCAUGCGUACCCCCUUGCACCUUUAUUAUGCCUCCUAUCUCCUUUUCUACUCCCACUACGAUCUCCCUCCCUCCUUAUACAACAUCUUUAGAAGUUGUUUGGCCAACUACACAGUUGGUUACGCUUCCCGGAGGUUCAAUAUCAGCUUCUACAGGUCUGGCAAGGACAGUCCAAACGACGACACUUACAAUCCCUCCUAUUACGACUUCAGAGAUCAAUUUAUGGAACUGGAAAGUUACUGAUCUCAAUGCCUCAAAAGCAUCAUAUUCGCUUAUAAGCAGUAUCCUUCCUCCUCCGUUUGUGAUUACUGAUAGCAUCCCGCAAGACUGGUUGCAGAGCAAUCACCCGAAACAAACUCCGGACAGUGGCAACCUUGGGACGACAAACGACAAAGCAGGUAAUACAUGGCAUUCGACAACCGGAUCUGAUAAUCCUUUCCUCAUCGGGGUCAUGGGAGGCAAUACCCAAACACCUGGCAAACCGCAGCCAACACAUGAAUCCGACGACACCCACCAGCACCAAACAACCGAAGGACACGAUAAAGGCCAUGUAGUAGCCUCCAUCAGUGAUGAUUCAAUACUCAUAUCCCACCUACCUGCUGGAAUAAUCAAGCCACCUGUGAUGACACGGACAGUUACUCCGCCGCCGUUUCCUUAUACCACAGAAACUGAACACCAUGACAAAAAUCCCGACACCACAAAAGCUAAGAAUGACAACAAAACGCCAUUGCCCAUUGUUUCUUUUACUAAAGGCCCCCCUGAUCCACUUUGUACCUCAAAUUGUGGAAAGAAAUGUAAGGGUCAAUUUUGCGAUGGACCCUGUGAGCAGAAUUGCGGCGAUGGAAAAGACUUCUUUUCCGAGAAUGAGACGGCGAAACCUAAAAACACUCAAAAGUGCAGGGGUCCAGACUGCAAGAAUGGCAAAUGCACGGGUUUAUUAUGUAUCAAUUUCGGCUGCUCUGGACUUGAUUGCCUGGACGGCAUUUGCUGGGGUCCUAGAUGCGUUAUCACCUGGUGUGGCGGGCCGAAAUGUAUACCAAAAAUAGGCGGCUGUAGUGGCCCUGGUUGUAAACCAAGUGGGUGUCUUGGGUUAGACUGCGACAGCAAAACAGGUCGAUGCUUUGGUCUAAGAUGUAUUGGAUUUGGUUGUGAUGGCCCCGAUUGCGAUAAUGGGAGCUGUAAGGGUCCACGGUGCUGGCCGCUUACAUGUGAAGGAGAGGGUUGCCACUCAGGAUUCUGCACUGGGCCCAAGUGCAAGAUAGGAAAAGACGGUUGUGAUAAGGCCCAAACUGUUCCUCGAUGUACAGAGCUAGUUUCCAAAAUUCAGACCAGGCCAGACAGAUCUGAAUAUUUUUCAACCACACAGACCGGAUGUCGCACGAUCACAGCAUGCUCUGCCCAACCCACAACUAUCACUACUACCACUACCGUCAAAAAGCCUUCCAUAAACACCGCUACGGGCAUGACAAUGACCGCACCAGACACUCCAGAGCAUUAUAUGGCCCUAGCGCAAUAUCUUGUGUAUCAAAUGCAAAGCCGCGAUGCUACCCGGAUGUUCUUUGAGCCGGAGAUAAUAACGCCAACAACUACAACUACAGUGAAACCAAAGAAAACUGCCCUUCCAGGGUUAAAAUGUUUUGAUUCAGGCAGCACUUCUCACCGCUCAGGGAUGAUUCGAGCGAUCGAAGGCUUCUGUAAUGGCAACAAAGGUAUAACGAUUCGAAAGAUAGAUGGCCAGUUUACAGAGUAUUAUGGCGCAAGAUGUUUCGGUCCAGGGGCGUGCUGGGUUGAGAAUAAGAUUUCUGUGGAGUUAAUCAAUGGCUGUGAGCCAUUCAAACUCGAUGGUGGGGGGCCUGGAGAUACGUGCGGUUACUCUUUCAGACAAACUGUUGAUAAAUGUGAUCAAACGCAAACAAGUUUCAAACAAGGAGGCAUAUACACAACUGAUUGCGCGCGCUGGAUACUAGACCCUGGCAUCGUCGCGCCGGGAGGGCCAAAAAUCAGAUAUCCCCUGUUGAACGGCACCGAUUAUGCAAAUACCUCUAUGACAAACAACACUAGAUUCUGGAGAUCCUUCAAUCACGGCUCGGCCGACGUCGCUCCAAAACAAAAUGGCUCAGCUAUGAACCGACUCCAAAAGCAUUAG